AUGAACGCACCAAAUCGCAGUGACUCGUACCUGCUUCCUGAGGGCGCCCAAAAAGUUACGUAUGAGAAGGAUACAAAGAUUUCGAACGCUGGAAAGUUUACUAUCCUGCGUGAGGAUCACACUAUGGGCAAUCUAAUCCGCAUGCAGUUGCUGCGCGACCCAAACGUGACAUUUAGCGGCUACCGCCAUCCGCAUCCACUUAUCCAUGACAUCAUCGUGCGCGUGCAGACAAAUGACGCCUCAUCACCUGUGGAAGCACUAGCUAACUCCCUCGAUGACCUCAGCACCGAGUUUGAUGAAAUCGCACAGAAAUUUCGCCGCCUCACAGGCAACACAAAAGAUCACAGUUCCUUUAGUUAG